AUGAUUGCAAAAUUCAAGUUCGGUUUUAUUGAUGGUUCAACCUUAGAGCCUAGUGACGAGUUGAAAAAGAAGCAUUGGGUUGCGGUAAACUCUAUGCUUGUGUCGUGGAUUACUAAUAUGCUUGAUGAUGCUUUGCGUUAUCAAAUUGAGGAUUUUGACAUUGCGCAUGACUUGUGGAUACAUCUCAAACAGAGAUAUUGUGUUGUAUGUGGUACUCGUAUAUGUCAGCUUAAGCAGUCAUUAGGGGAGUGCAAGCAGACUUCUACCGAAUCUGUGACCGAUUACUUUGGUCGGUUGUCAAAAAUCUGGAAGGAAUUGGUGCAGUAUGCUCGUGUCCCAAAAUGUUCUUGUGGCGCUUUCAAGUGCAAUAUUGCUCGGCAAGUUACAGAAAUUCGAGAAGAGGAUUAUCUACAUUAUUUUUUGAUGGGUCUAGAUGAUCCGUACGAAGCAAUUUGA